AUGGAUGGUUGCAGCUACAAGGCAGCAGCUGGAGGGUCAUUGUCGAAUACUCUAGUUGCUUUGGCAAGAUUAGGUUGCCAAUCAAUCAGUGACAGGCCUUUGAAUGUGGCCAUGGCAGGCAGUAUUGCUGGUGACCCUCUUGGUAGCUUUUAUAGUUUGAUAUCAAAGACAAAUGUCUUUGUUGUGGAAGGCUACUUGGUUGAGCUUCCUGAUACUAGAAGGACCAUUACAAAAGCCCACAGAAAUGGAGCACUUGUUGCUGUGACUGCACCAGAUGUUUCUUGCAUUGAGAGGCAUUAUGAUGAUUUCUGGGACAUUGUGGGCAACUAUGCGGAUAUUAUCUUUGCCAACAGCGAUGAAGCAAGAGAGUUCGUGACGCUGUUGAGCUGGCUCGGUCACACGCCUUCCGUCUCAACAGUUCUGGUGUUUGACAAUCGUGAAUAA